AUGCGUUUGGCUCUGCUUCAAUGGAAGCGGUUAGAUAACCGAGUGGACAAUAUGGAGGUCGUGACCAGAAAAAUCGAAGCUGUCAUGAAGGAUCAAAAGCCGCGAUUGAUUUGCCUGCCCGAGCACUUCUCCAAAAAAUCAGGCUAUCACAGAGACCCCGAAACCGUCAAGGAUGGAUACUGCUCGCAACGACUUUCUGAGCUGGCCAGAAAACAUGAAGUUUACAUCGUGGGCGGGACCGUGCCAGAGAAGGGCAAGGACGAUGCUGUUUACAGUAUGUGCACCGUGUGGUCACCCAAGGGUCACCUGGUGGCGAAGUACCGCAAAGUGCACCUCUUCGACGUGGACGUCAAGGGCGGUAUUACCUACUCGGAGUCCGCUAGGUUUACGCCGGGCAGUGAGUUCAGCAUUUUUGAGGUGGACGGCCAUAAAAUCGGACUUGGUGUCUGUCACGACAUUCGCUUCGAGGAGAUGGCUCGCGUAUAUCGCAAUGCGGGCUGCGAGAUGAUCAUCUAUCCGUCCGACUUUGCCGUUUACACGGGUCUCAUUCACGUGGAACUCCUGCAGCGGUCACGCGCCAAUGACAACCAGCUCUUCGUGGUGACCAGCUCACCAGCCAGGGAUAAUACCGAGAAACACGUUAGCUUUGCCCACUCCAUGGUGGUCGAUCCCUGGGCCAGGGUUCAGGCGUGUGCCGGCGAGGGCGAGGCUACUGUUGUGACGGACAUCGAUUUUUCCAUGGUGGCGAAAGUGCGCGAGGAACUCCCAAUCUACAGGCAACGUCGCCUGGACCUGUAUCCGGAUCAAGAAUAUUUAAUAUGAACUAUGUAUAUAUUCGUAAAAG